AUGAAAUUCGGCAUCGUCUUAACUCUCUGCAUGGUCUUUGCUGUCACGUCAUUUGCCUUCCCUCACACAAGACGCCAACAGACAUCAUCGACUAUUGACCCCUUCCUCUUUGGCGUCCGGCCUGACACCCCAAAGGAUGUUAGCGCUGCAUCAUUGAAAACAGUAUGUGAUUCACUGGCUACCACAUUGAAGAAAACACUUGCUGAUUGCGGCGCAGCAAAUAAAGGCACUGAUACAUGCAAUAAACCUAACGGAAACCCAAUUGAUGCAAAUGUCGUCGACAAGCACACCAAACAAUGUGAGGCCCACGGAAUAGAUAGUAAUGGACUCUAUGAUCCCAAUAUAUUUGGUAAUCAGUUGUCAGCUAUUACUCAGACAGGAAAUACUUUUACCGUCGGCCAAGAAAGCUUCCAAACUGAAGCCGAUGCGAUAGUCGGAGCGUGUAAGCAACAACGGAAGCAAAAUCUUGCAACACUUGCAGAUUGCGAAGCGGAUCCUGCUAAUGCUGCAAAAUGUAACAAAUUGGAUGGAACACCAGUUACUAGGACUGAAAUCAAUUUACAUAACAGC